GGCAACGCGGUUUCUAUUUUAUAGUCUAUUGCAUUCCAGUCCUAGUCAUUUAAGCAUCUGCCUUCUUAGUGAAGCAGAGCAAGGGUGUUAGGAUGAUGGCUAUAUAUAGCACUUAGCCUGUUACCUAGACUGCACACACUAACUACUUCUUCUGGGUAAUUAAUUGAAGUCUUCAUAGAUUGCUCUUGCCCUUGUUCUCUUCAUUGUUUUUUCUUUUUUUUUCUCAUUUACAGAAACAGUAGGUGAAAGAUGGAUACCGGAAUUGGCUACAGAUUCCACCCUUCCGACGUAGAAUUGGUGGAUCAUUACCUGAGGCAAAAGAUGUUUGGCAAUGAUGAUGAAGUCUGGCAAAUUGCUGAAAUAAAUGUCCUCGGUUUUGAACCUUGGGAGUUACCUGAGCAUUCCAUAAUGUUAAGCAACCCGAAUGAUCAAGUGUGGUACUUCUUUUGCACUCCAAAUUACAAGUACUCCAAUAGCAAACGGGUCGACAGGACAACUACUGCUGGAUACUGGAAAGUUACUGGCAAAGAUCGUAAAAUCAAGGAUAUUGCUAUUAAAAAGACUCUGGUUUUCUAUCAAGGCCGCCCUAAAGGGGUUAGGACCAACUGGAUUAUGCAUGAAUAUAUUCCCACUUUCGACUUCCCAACUGAGAGGGACUUUGUUAUUUGCAAAAUAAAGAGAAAUGCAGAUUCAGAAGAUCCCCCGAACUUUGAAGAAGGUGAACCAAGUACCGCCAUAGCUGCUUAUACUGAAAAUCACAACUACUAUUCGACCUUUGAAGGAGAAGAACUUACUCGUUCAUUGGAAUCUGGUUCUGGAAAUUAUGCAACUGAGGAAGACACUCAAGUGCAAGCAUAUGUGCAAUCAUUCCAUGGGUAUGACGAGAAAGACUACAAUCUUGACUCUGCAUUUCAGUGGCCAAAUAACUAUUACUAUUAAUAUGGGUGGGGAAUGAAGGUAGUACACCUCUAUGGUAGAAUCAGUCGGGGGGCCCGAGAGGCGGUUAACUAUUACUAUUAAUAUGCGUGGGGAAUGAAGGUAGUUCAUGCCUUAUGAAAUAAAUUGUCGUUUUCUGGUCAUUUUGAGAGCCGAUCCGCCUGUCCUAGCUAGUAUAAGCGAGCAAGUUCAACUUGAUCAUUCAAGUUUUAAUUACUGCAUCUCUGUCCUGAUUGUUAAUAUUAAACCUUGGCAGUAGCCAAUUGUUUCCUGGUUUUUUUGUAUAUCUUAUAAUUAAUAUUAUCUUCUUGAAUAAUAAUUAUUCUGCCCCACAAAAUAGAUUGUGCAAUUAUUGCUUAAAAGUUCAAAAUCAUCGGUCAGAAAUCCACAAUCCAUAUUAUUUUUUACUCUCACCAUACGAAAUUAUUAAACUUGAUCCCUUCUUUUUCUGUUCCCUCUGCAACAAACAAUAAAUAAAUGGGAAAGGGUUCAAGCAGUAGACAUCCGACUGAACCAUAUCCCGUAAAUCGUUGACCUUCAAAUUCUUUUGGUUCCUAACAAAAUAUCUUUUCCUUUAAAACG